GCUGUGGUCGCUUCCAGCCCACCGGCCCUCCUCCCGCCCCGUACAAGAUGGCGGCAGAAGCAGCUGGUGGGAAAUACAGAAGCACUGUCAGCAAAAGCAAAGACCCUUCGGGGCUGCUCAUCUCUGUGAUCAGGACUCUGUCGGCCAGUGAUGAUGUUGAAGACAGAGAAAACGAGAAAGGUCGCCUGGAAGAAGCCUAUGAGAAGUGUGACCGUGACCUGGAUGAGCUGAUUGUGCAGCACUACACAGAGCUGACAACUGCCAUCCGCACCUACCAGAGCAUCACAGAGCGCAUCACCAAUUCCCGAAAUAAGAUAAAGCAGGUGAAGGAGAAUCUGCUCUCAUGCAAGAUGCUGUUACACUGCAAACGGGAUGAGCUUCGGAAACUGUGGAUUGAGGGAAUUGAACACAAGCACGUCCUGAACCUGCUGGAUGAAAUUGAGAAUAUCAAACAAGUGCCUCAAAAGCUGGAGCAGUGCAUGGCCAGCAAGCACUAUCUCAGUGCCACGGACAUGCUGGUAUCGGCGGUUGAGUCUUUGGAGGGGCCCCUGCUCCAGGUAGAAGGACUCAGUGACCUCAGGCUGGAGCUUCACAGCAAGAAGAUGAACCUGCACCUGGUUCUCAUCGAUGAGCUGCACCGGCAUCUGUACAUCAAGUCCACUGGCCGAGUUGUGCAGCGUAACAAGGACAAAGGGAGAAUGAGCUCCCUCGUGAAAGAUGCUUCUCCUGGGCCUCUGAUUGAUGUCACAAACCUCCCAACUUCCAGGAAAUUCCUUGAUACCUCGCAGUAUUCUACUUCUGGAAGCUCUAGUGUGAGGGAGAUAAACCUGCAGGAGAUCAAGGAGGAUUUAGAGUUGGAUCCAGAGGAAAACAGUACCCUCUUCAUGGGCAUCCUUAUCAAGGGGCUGUCCAAACUGAAGAAGAUCCCAGAGACAGUGAAGGCGAUCAAAGAGCGCUUGGAGCAGGAGCUGAAGCAGAUUGUGAAGAGGUCCACAACCCAGGUGGCCGACGGUGGCUACCAGAGAGGAGAGAACCUUACUGGGGAGAACCAGCCAAGGUUACUUCUGGAACUGCUGGAGUUACUGUUUGACAAGUUCAAUGCUGUUGCUGCUGCACACUCUGUGGUCCUGGGAUAUCUGCAGCAGACUGUUGGGCCUUCCCUGACUCAGCAGGAAGAGAUCAAAUUGUAUGACAUGGCAGACGUGUGGGUGAAGAUCCAAGAUGUCCUGCAGAUUCAGGUUCAACCAUUUUGGCAAGACUACUACACAGGAGUUAUUGCGUACUUCCCAUUAUGUCACAUCAGAUCGCCUAUGCCAGUUUGUUCCAUUAUUGGUGAUGCUAAGUUUGAUCACUUGAUUGAGAUGCUAUUGACUGAGUACUUGGACAUGAAAAAUACUCGUACGGCCUCUGAACCAUCAGCUCAACUAAGUUAUGCCAGCUCUGGACGUGAGUUUGCAGCUUUUUUUGCCAAGAAGAAACCUCAAAGGCCAAAGAAUUCUCUUUUCAAGUUUGAAUCGUCCUCCCAUGCCAUCAGUAUGAGCGCCUAUCUGCGAGAACAGAGAAGGGAGCUCUACAGUCGGAGUGGAGAACUUCAAGGGGGACCUGAUGACAACUUAAUUGAGGGAGGAGGAACGAAAUUUGUCUGCAAACCUGGAGCCAGAAACAUUACUGUCAUAUUCCAUCCAUUACUAAGGUAUGAUGAAAAAGGAGCCCUGGUGGUACAGUGGUUAAGUGCUUGGCUGCUAACCAAAAGAUUUAUCCAGGAGAUUGAGUAUGCCCUGGGACUUGGCCCAGCCAAGCAGUGUCCUCUUCGAGAGUUUCUCACUGUGUACAUCAAAAACAUCUUCCUCAACCAAGUCUUGGCUGAGAUCAACAAGGAGAUUGAAGGAGUCACGAAAACAUCUGACCCUUUGAAGAUCCUCGCUAAUGCAGACACCAUGAAGGUGCUGGGGGUGCAGCGGCCCCUCCUCCAGAGCACAAUCAUUGUGGAGAAGACAGUCCAAGACCUCAUGAACUUGAUGCACGACUUGAGUGCAUAUUCAGAUCAAUUCCUCAACAUGGUGUGUGUCAAGCUCCAGGAAUACAAGGAUACCUGCACUGCGGCCUACAGGGGCAUAGUCCAGUCAGAGGAAAAACUUGUCAUCAGUGCAUCUUGGGCAAAAGAUGAUGAUAUCAGCAGACUCUUGAAAUCUCUUCUAAACUGGAUUAAUAUGGCUCAACCCAAACAGCUGAGACCCAAGAGAGAAGAGGAAGAAGAUUUCAUAAGGGCAGCCUUUGGCAAGGAGUCCGAAGUGCUUAUUGGGAACCUGGGCGAUAAGCUGAUCCCUCCACAAGACAUCCUGCGUGACGUCAGUGACCUCAAAGCCUUGGCCAACAUGCAUGAAAGCCUGGAGUGGUUGGCAGGCCGAACAAAGUCCGCUUUCUCCAACCUUUCUGCAUCGCAGAUGCUGUCUCCUGGUCGAGAGAGCCACGUGAACAUGGAUCUCCCGCCUGUGUCGGAGCAGAUCAUGCAGACACUGAGCGAGCUGGCCAAGUCUUUCCAGGACAUGGCCGACCGCUGCCUGCUGGUCUUACAUCUGGAAGUCAGAGUUCACUGUUUCCACUACCUCAUCCCUCUCGCAAAGGAGGGCAACUACGCCAUUGUGGCUAAUGUGGAAAGUAUGGACUAUGACCCUCUGGUGGUCAAGCUCAACAAAGACAUCAGUGCCAUUGAAGAGGCCAUGAGCGCCAGCCUUCAGCAGCACAAGUUUCAAUACAUCUUUGAAGGGCUGGGACACCUGAUCUCCUGCAUCCUCAUUAACAGUGCCCAGUACUUCAGGCGCAUCAGUGAGUCCGGCAUCAAGAAAAUGUGCAGGAACAUCUUUGUUCUUCAGCAGAAUUUGACCAACAUCACCAUGUCACGGGAGGCUGACCUGGACUUCGCAAGGCAGUACUACGAGAUGCUGUACAACACGGCCGACGAGCUCCUGAACCUGGUGGUGGACCAGGGUGUGAAGUACACGGAGCUGGAGUACAUCCACGCCCUGACCCUGCUGCACCGCAGCCAGACGGGCGUCGGGGACCAGGCCACCCAGAACAUGAGGCUGCAGCGACUCAAGGAGAUCAUCUGCGAGCAGGCUGCCAUCAAGCAAGCCACCAAGGACAAGAAAAUAACCACCGUUUAGUGGGGCAGUGCAGCAGAGGGGGGACCAUUUCCAUUUCCUUAGUCAUAUGUGUCUUUGGUGUUGGGUUGGUAUAUUCUGAGCUGACUCCGUUUGUGCUACACUGAUGCUUUAGUGGAGGGAAGGGGUAAGGAUUAUAUUCUCUUAGCUUUGGCUUCUCAUAUAAACCCUACAGGAAGUUUGUAGUAUAGAAUGUUUGGAUUUAACGUCUAGUUUUAAUGCAGUCGAUUCCAAGAGGAUGUGGGUGGGAUGGGGAGGAAAGUGUGUCAAACUGUUGGAUUCUGAAAAGUGAAUGGAUAAAUUACCACUUAAUGUCUUGCUGGUUGCCCAACAUAGAGAGAACUCCAAUUCCAGGCCAUGGAAAACAGACUGCCACCUAAGUUGUCAUCCCUUCUUAACCAUUCAACAGGCUCUUAUUACGUAAGAUUUUGACUAAGGCUUGUCAGUUGACAGUUCAAAGAAUUACACGUACAUGCUUUGCUUUUUGUCCCUGUUGCCAGAAUUGAAUGAAUGGCUUCUGGGCUAGCCACAGCUUUUAACUUUCCUAACCAAGAAAAGAAAAAAAAAAUUUUUUUUUUUUUUAACCAAGAAAACAGGGCUGUGGGGGCAGAAAAAAAGCCCUUUUAUCCCAAUGCCUGGGAGAGUUUUAUAUGCUCUGGCUUGUACACAGGUUAUAGUUGCUUUAUUGCCUUUUCAUUUUAUUUCUGCUAUUAAAACCAAGAGCCAUCAAAUUAGUGAUAAACAUGAAAAAUGAAAAGUGAUUCAAUCUUUUGCUUGAUUUUUUUCCUGCUACUUUGCCAGAGAGGAUGACUGUUAAGGAACUUCUCCCUGGGAACAUCGACACUCACCUGUCCUCCUUAUGAGCCCCUCAGUCUGUCUCACCCUAGAAAGUAGCCCCGAGUUGCUCAGCUGAGCACAGGGAAGAUAGGAGAGCCUGUGACACUUCUCCUCUGUGUGGCUCCAGCUGAGUGCAUUUCUAGAAUGUUCUCCAGUGGUGUUGGUGCUCACUGCUGUAGUGGCACACUAUACCUUGCUGCUGUCCCAUCUCCACAUGCUUUUGCUGCCCCUGGUUGACGUGUCACAGAGGCGCUGUGCACUAAUGGAGACACGCCUUGAAGACACAAGGGAGGGUGAGCUGGGAGGACUUUAACUGCACAUGGUGGCGCCUCACGCCCUGAUGGUCUGGAAUUUUACACCUGUUUGUACAACUUGGGUCUUGGUGGGAAACACAGAAAAUUAAAAAAAGUUUUGGGAAGCUGAA